AUGGUGAAGGUUAAUCCUUAUCUUGAAGAGAAACGUUCAGGGACAUUUACUGAGAAAAUUGCAGGGUCAUCAAGUAAUAACAAAGCAGAAAACGAAGAGAUCUCUCCAUGUGAGCCUUCGGUUUUGCAGCUUCCUUCUCUGGCAGUUAAUUAUGAUAAUGAAUGUAGUUCAGGCAACAGACAAGUUUCAGAAGAUAAUGUAAUAGCUGGUCCCUCGACUAAACACAGAGAUAUCGACCAGAAAAUGUCAUUUGAACUAGAUUCCGAUCAUGAACGCACUGCUGAUGAAUUAGAGGGUUUUUUUGAAGAUUCCGAUUGCUCAGUAAAGGAUAGAGACUACGUUCCUGAUUCUCCUGAUGUUUCUGAUUCAGAAACUUCAGAUGAAGAAUUGCAUGGUGAACCGGUGAAUGACGACGAGGCCCCAACGAAUAAUAAUACUUUGAAAACCCCUAUAAAAAAAAGGACCCGUUGGAAGAAAUGUGACCCUAGUCAGUGGAAAAAAAAUGUGUCUAAGCGUCAGAAAAUCGAAGCUAAGACACCCAAACCUAUUGAUUGCUCAAAAUGCCGUUUUAAGUGUAUGGAUAAAGUUUCGGAAGACCAACGAUUAAUAAUUUGCAAAAACUUUUGGAGCUGCGAUUUUAACAGAAGAAAGGAUUUUAUUUUAAAUAAUGUUGAAAGUAAGGUUCCUGAAAGACGCAGAGCAAAGUCUGAAUCAAGAGUAAGAGUAUGUAAAAGUUUUUUUAUAAAAACACUUUGCAUAAGUAAAGAGGUCAUAGAGCAUGCCUUUAAGAAUAGAGGAGAAGGAAGGCUGUUUCGCGGAUAUGAUAAAAGGGGCAAAAAGGAACCUCAUAAUAAAACCAAAUCAGAAGAUAUUCAAAAAGUCAAAACACACAUUGAGAGUUUCCCUGUCAUGCAAUCGCACUACACCCGAAAAUCUACCAAACGGCUGUAUUUAGAUUCCAAGUUAAGCAUAGCAAAAAUGCAUUCUCUUUACAAAGAAGAAUGUGAAAAGGAUAGCUCAAUACCAGUCUCACUCAUAACUUACAGAAGAAUAUUAUGUAAUAACUAUAACUAUUCAUUCUAUGUUCCAAAAAAAGAUCAAUGUCAAAUUUGCAUGCAGUAUAAAACUUGUAAAGAAUUGGAGAAAAAGAAGCAAUUAGAGAACAAUUAUCAAAGUCAUGUCUUGAGAAAAGAAGAUUGUAAUGCAGCUAAAAUUAGGGAUAAAGAAAGAGCUUCAAAAGAAAACAAUUUUAUGUGUUGCACAUUCGAUCUACAAGGAGUUCUGCAACUUCCAAGUAGUGACGUGAGUCCUAUGUACUACACUAGAAAACUGUGUACCUAUAAUCUAACAAUUUAUGAAAUGGCACGGCCGAAUAAUGCUUAUUGCUACGUUUGGACUGAGACUAAUGGAAAAAGAGGUAGUUUCGAAAUCGGAACUUGUUUAUAUCAAUACAUCGAGCAGCUCUCUGAAACGGUAACUGAAAUAUCGCUAUUUUCAGAUACUUGUAGCGGUCAAAACCGAAACCAAAACAUUAGUGCCUUAUUGCUCUAUCUGGUCCAAACAAAUCCUAAUGUGCAAAUCAUAGAGCAAAAGUUUAUGGAAAGUGGCCACAGCUACAUGGAAGUCGAUAGCAUGCAUAGCUCAAUUGAAAAAGCAAAAAAGCAUGUCCCAGUUUACACCAUCCACGACUGGAUGAAUAUAUUUCGCAUGGCGAGAAGUUCGAGGUCAAAUAAAAAACCCUACCAUGUUAAAGAAUUAAAAUUUAAUGACUUCUUGGACCUGGACAAAUUCGAAAAACUAAUAAUGAAAAACAAACUUAAAAACACUCUUGGCGAAAAAGUCAACUGGUUAAAAGUCAAGUGCUUUAAGUAUCUCAAAUCCAGGCCAUGGAUUCUUCAGUACAGAUACGACCAUACAUCAGAGUACAUGGAAGUGAAUGUUCUUGGUAAAGGCCGUCCUUCAAACUUUGACAAUUUUGUCCUAGCAAAAGCAUACAGUAAACCUAGAACUAUAACAAGCUUGAAAAAAGCAGACUUGAUAAAGCUCUGUAAAACAGAGGUUAUUCCUGUGGAGUUUCAUAACUAUUAUAAAUCCUUACCAACAUCGAAAGAUGCACAGGAUGUGGUUCCAGAGCCUGCAGCAGAGGAUAGUGACCAAGAGGAGGAAUGGACAGAUGAGGUCCAAGAUGCCUGA